AUGAAUUGGCAUUGGGUAUCAUGGGAUAUGCUUUGGGUCAGCACCCCUGUGCUUAUAUUAUGGUUUUUCUUUGUACCCGAGACUUCAGCAUCCACGAUCCUCUACUUCCGUGCUCGCCGUUUGCGCAAGAUUACAGGGGAUGAUAAAUAUCGUACAAAGGAGGAGAUCGAUCGCAUCGCUAACAAAAAACGAGCAUUUUCUGGAACGCCAUUUCAAAACCAACAGAAAUCAAUGUCCUUGACCCGGCAGUGCUCUUCUCAACGAUUUACACCAGCCUUAUCUAUGCCAUCUUCUAUUCUUUCUUCGAAUCAUUCCUGGUUCAAGGUUACAGGUCUCCCAUUCCUAGCUGUCCUUUUAACACUAUGUUUUGCCACCACGCUUCUAGCUUCAUACUGGUACCUCUCUGUCGAGCGACACUUGGAAACGAAAGGACUGGGCGCUUUUGGGGCCCCUGAGAGGCGUCUCGUUCCGGGCCUAUUGGUUUGUACGCUCAAUCCUAUUGGAUUAUUCAUCACUGCAUGGUCCUCCCGGCCCAGCGUGCACUGGAUGGUCCCCAUCCUCGGUCUAUUCCUCAACAUCAUUGGGACAUUCACGGUGAUUGUUUGCAUGUUACAGUACAUCGCCUUCUCGUAUCCACGUUACGCGGCGUCUCUCUUUGCAGCUUAUGAUUUUGCCCGGUCAACCUUGGCGGCUGGAGUAAUCAUGUUCUCUAGGUUUAUGUUCAUAAAUCUCGGCCUGGACCGGGGUAUUAGUUUGCUUGCGUUUUUGGAUAUCAUCUGUGUUGUGCUACUGUUUGGGCUGUGGAAGUACGGUGGGCUUCUGAGAGCUAAAAGUCGCUUUGCUGAAUCUUGAGUAACUGUUUACAAACUUACCGUCGGGGAGGAAGAGAGAUGACGCCGGACAUAUUUUCAUAUACGUGGACUGUGAUUAUAUAUAUACUAGAAGAAAUAGAGAUCGCGUGAUGUUUUUGAUGGCC